AUGACCCGAGCAAGGUUGUUGGAUGAAUCAGCUAUCGAAUACCUACCCAAAAUCUCGAGUAACCCUGUCAAUGGCAAAGUAUCUAAGGCAGUCUACAAGCCACUGGAUGGCAGUCGCCGGGAGAUUCGGCUGCUUAGUGUUCACCCUUCUACCGAGCCCAACGACAGUCUGAGUUGUACGCUCUCACACGCGGACCUAGGCCCUGAUGCUGGUAUAAAUCUUCCAAGGUACGAAGCGCUGUCAUAUGUCUGGGGAGAGCCCGAUUUUUCAGAGGCUAUAUCCCUCAACGGCUAUCCCUUCUUUGUUACACCAAGACUUGAACGUGCUUUAACCUCGCUCCGGCAGAACCAUAAGGUCAGGAAUUUGUGGGUAGAUGCAAUCUGCAUUAAUCAGUUAGAUACUGAAGAGCGUGGCCAGCAAGUCGCUCUAAUGCGGCACAUCUACUCGAAUUGCGAGAGAGAUAUAGCGUGGUUAGAUCCAAUACUUACUGCAGAGCCCCAGGAAGAAAUAGUCUUUACUGCCCGGUCGCUUGAGAAAGCAGAGCUAAGAGUGAAAGAAGGCAUGGAGUUGCUAAAAUCGCUUGUUCACAAACAAGGUCAAACACUCAAAGCUGCACAAGAUAGCUUUCGGACAGCCGGCGAUGACGCUACAAGGAGAGCACACAGACAACUCGCUGCCCUAUUUAAAGGCCCAAGUCUAUGGAAACGACUUUGGGUGAUGCCAGAGCUUUCUCUAGCCCCACAAGUUACUUUGAAGUGUGGAAAGGCUGAACUUGAGUGGCAAUCUUUGGCGGCCUUUUUCAAAGACGAGCCAUAUCUUGGCGCUUUCCACAUGGAUUAUCCAUCUCAUUCAAGAUCUUACUACAGGGGCUUCAGUGAGAUAUUUCUUCCAGCAAAGCGUAUCGAGGACCAGCGCCAACUAUUGAGUCAAGAUGGCAAGAAGACAUCGAGCCUCUUGGAGGUGCUAACGCGCUUUCGAGCUAUGGAAUCUACGGACUCAAGAGAUACAAUUUUUGGACUGCUUGGGCUGGUAAACGAUAAUCAUGACAUCAAGGUCGAUUAUACCCAGUCAUUCAUCGAUGUGUACAAAACAGCAACCUUAUCCCUGAUAAAUCAGUCAGGUAAUCUCGACAUUCUUUGUCAAAGUCCAUUUGAACUUUGGGGAGGCCCCAGAGCACUCGAACUUCCUAGAAAAGACAGUAUCCCUACCUGGGCUGGCCAGUUUGAUGCAAAGCCAGAAGACUGCGUGCCCGUUCUUUUCGCACAGCGUCGAAUAUUUGCUGCUGGUACUAAGUAUUGCGCUACUCCGUGCCGUGCGCAAGGACCCCAGAAAGAUAUAUUGGUCUUGAGAGGUGUGAUGCUAGGCAGUAUUGGUCCGAUUCUCCAGAAGCGAGUUUCUAUUUCUCAAAGGCUGGACAAAAAGGAACGCAAUGAAUCUCAUCUCAAAAGAGGGCCUUCCAACCAAUUCAUCCGCUCUCAGGAUCGAGAAGCAGGGUAUCUGAUGGAGAUGUAUUUGGGUAAAGAGGCCAUACGAAACCCUGACAGCCGCUUUUAUGAGCCCAAAGUUGGUGACGGGAUGGAACAGCCUUUGUCCCCCGAGAAUACAGUAUCCACAGCGAAUGCUGAUGGCAGACCAGGGUCGAUCAGAGAAACAGCCUUUUGCGCAUUCUUGCGAACGAUCUUCAGAGACUGCACGCAGCCACCCAGAGUGCGUCGCCUACACGAGGCAGAGAUAUUAUCUCUCCAACUGCACAAUAGGGAUGCUACCAACCAAGGAUUUAUCCGUGGCUUGAAGAACUAUAAAGUCCGUGAUGAGUGGCGAGUCUCGAGGUAUGCCUUCAGUUACGACCCAAAGGCAAUUGGAGAAGGUGAAAGUGAUGUCAAACUAACGUAUGUUGGCUAUGCCCCAUACAACAGGGAUCUGAUGUUUACAAUGACAGAUAAUGGACUGUUUCUGUUAGUGCGUCCACAUGUCCAAAAGGGUGAUAUUGUGGUAAUCCUCGAUGGCGCUAAAGUCCCGAUGGUUUUGCGAAAGACUGAGCUACAUCUUGAUUGCCGGGAUACCAACGAGGCUUAUCAAAUUGUAUGUUCGGCGUAUGCUCAUGGGUUUAUGGAUGGAGAGGUAGAAAUUGAGAUCAAGGAAGGAAGAUUGACAAAGCAAGAUAUUGCUCUUAUUUAA